AUGUCAUCACGAGCACAACCUCCAUCGUUCUUGACGACUUUCUGUUCCGAGCCCGCACAAGACGUCGACAUGGAGAAACUCAUAAGGCACAUCCACGACCUACCUGUCGACAUCUUCGACAUCAUUCAAGACUUCUUCUUCACCAUGCCACCGCGAACGAUGGAAAUCAACGGCCACUACAGACCCCCGGCCGAACUUCAAAUCAGCCGCGAGACUCGCAAAAAGUUCGCCUGGGUCUACUACACCUUCACGACAUUUUUCGCUAGUUGCUGGGACGACCAGAAAGUCUACGACUGGUUGAAGUCACUGCCUCGCCCACAUUUGUACCACGUCGAUCGCAUCGAGAUGUACGUUGCGAUUCAUUCAAAGGAGGCUCUGAUGCGUCUUACGGCGAGACCACGGCUGUGUCUUCUUAGGUCGAAGUUGGUUACGGAUCGCUGGGUCAAGAUGGACGACGUGUUGUAUCUGAGAUAUAGCGAUGGGUCUAUUGAUGAUUAUGAGACUUGUGCUGCUUGGGCUAUGCUUGGGCCGUCGAGGCUGCCCUGGUGA